AUGUCAGACUGGUGGGAGGAGACAGUCGCUGUGACGGUGAAGUACAGGUCAAACAUCAUGGAGAAUGGAGAGACCUACACUGAUGGACUGUGUGAGAACAGGUAUUGGGGCCAGACGCUCCACCCUGUCCCUCACCUGUUCAGAAGGUCCAGCUCAGCUGGGAAGACCUGCUCACCUGGAGCAGCUGCUGGACUCACCUGUACAGAUUCAGGUGGUGUCAGGUUGGUGGGACAGCCGACCCGCUGUGCUGGUGCUUUGGAGAUCCAACACCGGGGACAGUGGAGACCAGUGGGAGACCCCUAUGAAGACUGGGACCUGAAGUCUGGAUCUGCUGUGUGUCAGUAUCUGGACUGUGGAUCAGCUGUUUCAGUCGACAGAACAGAUGAUUCUCCACGCAGACGUGUGUGGCCGGUGUCUAUCCCUUGUGUAAAGCUGAUGUCUGGACUGAUGGACUGUGUUACACUAGAUGGUCUAUAUUACCACUCCUUCGGUGUGGACAUGGUGUGUUCAGAUCUGCUGCCUCAGCCCAACAUCUCCCUGUCUGACGGGGUCUUUGAGGUCUACCAGCAGGGGUUUCGGCUGCUCAUGGGCUCCGACUUCACCGUCACAUGCUCCAUCCAACUACAGUACCCAGGAGGCUCCUUCCAGCUGAUCUCAGACACCAAGGAGCUGCUGAACCGCACCCUACCAGCUGUCAAUCACUCUGCCCACUUCCUGUUGUCUGCCGCGGGUCACGCCCACCAAGGGAACUACACAUGUGUUUAUCACGUGGACAUUUUCAACCGCAGCUUCUCGUCGUCUCAGAGCCCCGCCCUCUAUCUCACUGUAGGAGACUCUCAGUCACAUCUGACCAUCACGGUGGUGCUCAUCGUCCUGGCUCUGCUCAUAUGUGUCAUUUCCCUCUUCUUCUUCUUCUACUGUAAGGUCUUCAUGAGGCGGAGCCGAAUGAAGGCGGAGACAAACACAAUGACAGUUCAGGAAGAAACAUCCCAUUUUUAGAGUCCCAGUGGUUCAGUGUGAGUCCAGCUGAUAUUUGGAUCAGAUCAACAGUUUCACAGCUGAACCAAUAAACGCCUUCAUUUUGUGCAGAUGCUUCAUGAACCAUCACUGAGUCUGUUUACAUUCACACCAACACUUCGAUCAUUAUCUGAUUUCUAGGGUUAUCCAAUUAUUCCAGUGAUCAUGUAAACCGGACAAUCUGAUCGAAUUUAUCUGAUAAUGGCAGUUAUCUGAUUAUGAGAAAUCUGAUUAACACACCUAGAUUUCUUCCCAAUACUACGAUGUCUUCACGCAUGUAUACAGAUUAAUCAGAUUUAUUUUGUUCUUUUACGACUGUGCAUGUGU